AUGCCGUUUUCCUGGUGUAGAACAAUCGGGCUUUUAUCGAUUUUCCUACUUGCAUUAGUGACGGCACAAGACUACUAUGGUAUACUAGGUGUUGGAAAAGAUGCAUCCGACAAAGAUAUCAAGUCUGCAUACCGACAGCUGUCCAAAAAGUAUCAUCCAGAUAAAAAUCCAGGGGAUGAAGACGCUCAUCACAAGUUCAUCGAGGUAGGAGAGGCAUAUGAGGUGUUGAGUGACGAUCAAAAACGUGAAGUGUACGAUCGGUACGGAGCCGAUGCGCUAAAAAAUGGGGGUGGUGGAGGACCUGGAGGACAUGGGGGGCCUCAUGGUGGGUUUGGUGGUGGAUUUGGAGACCCUAUGGAUAUGUUCGAACAAAUGUUCGGAGGUGCACAUCGUGGUGGACACAGAGGCAGACCUCGUGGCCAUAAUUUGGAAGCCAGAGAGGAACUGACACUCAAGGACUACUACCACGGUACUACUUUAGACUUUACGUUAAAUCUGAACGAUUUUUGCGGUCAUUGUCACGGUUCUGGGUCUCAAGAUGGCAAGACAGCUCAAUGUGGACAAUGUCGAGGCCAAGGUGUGGUAAUCCAGGUGGUUAGAAUGGGCCCCAUCACACAAAAACUUCAGCAAGUUUGCGGUGCAUGCCAAGGUAAAGGUAAUAUCAUCAAAAACAAGUGUCGUCAAUGUAAAGGUGCGAAAGUUGAGAGAAAGGCCAAACCUUUCCAUGUUGACGUUCCUGCCGGGGCUCCUAGAGACUUUAUGGAUGUCAAGAACGGCGAAGCCGACAAGGGCCCUGAUUUUGACGCUGGUGAUGUGUUCAUCAAAUUCUCUGAGUCGUCCAGAAACAAUAUGGGCUACAGAAGACGUGGUUCGCACCUGUACAGAACUGAAGUCGUGAGCCUAGAAGAGGCACUCAAAGGCGGAUGGACCAGAGAUGUCGAGUUUUUUGAUAAGAAUAAGAAAGUCCAUUUGGCUCGCAAAGCUGGCGUUCCGAUCAGGCAUGGAGAAGUUGAACGUAUACCGCAAUUUGGUAUGCCAAUACCCGGGAAACCUAACGCCUUUGGUGACCUUUUCGUGGAUUAUAUAGUGGUCACGCCAAACAAAGUGGCAUCCCAACUGAUAAAAGACGAAUUGUGA